GGCCCAGGCUAGCGCGGGGUGUGCGUCGGCGUCGCGGCCAGCAGAGGGAUUCUGGGUAACGGCCCUGGCCGGCUGGGGAGGCUGGCUCCGCGCAGCAGGUUCCACUCACGCCAAGUCCGUUGGCAGUGGCGGUUCUAGGGCUGGGGGCCACCGGACAUGGAGCAGCCGUGGCCGCCGCCAGGACCUUGGAGCCUCCCUCGGGCCGAGGGUGAGGCUGAGGAAGAGAGUGACUUGGACGUGUCCCCCAGUUCUCCCCGCUGCCCGCAGCUGCCGGGCGGCGGCGCGCAGAUGUAUAGCCAUGGGAUUGAACUGGCUUGUCAAAAGCAGAAAGAGUUUGUGAAGAGCUCUGUGGCAUGCAAAUGGAAUCUCGCCGAAGCUCAGCAAAAACUUGGUAGCUUAGCCCUGCAUAACUCCGAGUCCCUGGAUCAGGAGCAUGCCAGAGCACAAACAGCAGUGUCGGAGCUAAGGCAACGUGAGGAAGAAUGGCGGCAGAAAGAGGAGGCCCUGGUACAGAGAGAGAGGAUGUGUCUGUGGAACAUGGAUGCCAUUAGCAAGGACGUUUUUAACAAGAGUUUUAUUAAUCAAGAUAAAAGAAAAGAAAUAGAAGAUGAAGAUAAAUCAAAAUCAUUUAUGCAGAAAUAUGAACAAAAAAUCAGACAUUUUGGUAUGUUGAGUCGAUGGGAUGAUAGUCAGAGAUUUUUAUCUGACCAUCCAUAUCUUGUAUGUGAAGAGACUGCUAAAUAUCUUAUUUUAUGGUGUUUUCAUCUAGAAGCUGAACAGAAAGGGGCUCUAAUGGAACAAAUAGCACAUCAGGCUGUUGUAAUGCAGUUUAUUAUGGAAAUGGCCAAAAACUGUAAUGUGGAUCCAAGAGGGUGUUUUCGUUUAUUUUUCCAGAAAGCCAAAGCAGAGGAAGAAGGUUAUUUUGAAGCUUUCAAAAAUGAACUUGAAGCUUUCAAGUCAAGAGUCCGACUUUAUUCUCGAUCACCAAGUUUUCAACCUAUGACAGUUCAGAAUCAUGUGCCCCAUUCUAAUGUGGGAUCUAUAGGUUUGUUAGAAUCCUUACCACAGAAUCCAGAUUAUCUUCAGUAUUCUGUCAAUACAGCUCUCUGCAGUUUAAACUCAGUGGUACAUAAAGAAGAUGAUGAAUCCAAAAUGAUGGACACUGUGUGAUUUGGUUAAGACUGCUGAGGCCAAGUGCUAUUUUGUUACAAGAAAGGAAGAACUUGGCUAUUUUCUUGACACUUUCAUGGGUGCUGCACUUUAUUUUUGUUUGGUUUUGAUGGGAGGGGAAAAAAGAGUACUGAAACGUUUUGUAAAAUUUUUUUAUGUGCUGCUAGGUUUUUUGUUUGUUUGUU